UUUAAAGAGAAUCAUGUCAAAGGUCUCUUGCCGUGUUCUUGCAUGAUUCUUCUUCUUCCUCGAGAUGGCUAGACCGAUCUGAACUGCGGUUUUCUAGGCUUUGCGUCAGGUUUCGUCUCUGAAAGUGAAGAAAGUUCCUUUGCUUUUGGCUUACUUCAUGGUUUCCGCGGGAAAAGUUCACUCUCUUUUGACUCAAAAGACGACAAGAAGGUUUCUUCAGAUCUCUCUUCUUCCUAUGUUCUGACUUUUUUUUUGUUUGAUUUAUUCUGUUCCUGUCUCUUACUGUAUCGCCAUGAAUUAUGAAAGAGUUUCAACUCUUUUAACCGAUCAUUGGGAGUCUAAAGAAACUCGAUGAUUACUUCUUCUAUGAGCUGCCUUUCAAUAGAAUCUUGGCUUUUGUGCUACAAACAGAACGUUGAUAUCAAAUCAGUGAUAGAUAUUUUUUUUUCCUUAUUGGGAGGUGUUUAAGAUGGUCCACCAUCAAUAGCUAAAAGAAGGAGAUACAGUGAGAUCCAUUAACUGACACUGACCUUAUAGUUUGGUCAUGUUUUUCUUUCUUGUAACAAAUUUCAAUUAUCUGUUUAUCUAAUUGACAACCUUUCAAAGAAAAAUACCAGCAAAAAAAUAGUGUUUCUAGGGGUGUAUAUGAGUCAGGUGCUGCGCCUUUAUCAAUGGAGCUUAUACAAGUAGAGGAGAGUUGAGGAAACAUGAAUACAACUUCAACACAUUUUGUUCCUCCGAGGAGAUUUGAAAUCUACGAGACUACUCUCAACCAAGUCAGUAUGUGGGAAGAGAGUUUCAAGAACAAUGGAGGCAUAUUUACACCUAACUCUAUCAUCAUCCCCACAGAUGCAAAACUAGACAGCUUGUCUGAGGAUACUUCUCAUGGAACUCCUCACAAGUUUGACCAAGAAGCUUCCACAUCUAGACAUCCUGACAAAACACAGAGACGGCUAGCACAGAACCGGGAGGCAGCUAGGAAAAGUCGUUUGCGCAAAAAAGCUUAUGUUCAGCAGCUAGAGACAAGCAGGUUGAAGCUAAUUCAUUUAGAGCAAGAACUUGAUCGUGCUAGACAACAAGGUUUCUAUGAAGGGAAUCGAGUAGAUACUAAUGCUCUUGGUUUCUCAGACAAGAUGAGCUCAGGGAUUGUAGCAUUUGAGAUGGAAUAUGGACACUGGGUGGAAGAACAGAACAGGCAAAUAAGCGAGCUAAGAACCGUUUUACAAGGACAAGUUAGUGAUGUAGAGCUUCGUUUGCUAGUUGACAAUGCCAUGAAACAUUACUUUCAACUCUUCCGAAUGAAGUCAGCAGCUGCAAAGAUCGAUGUCUUCUACAUCAUGUCCGGAAUGUGGAAAACUUCAGCAGAGAGGUUUUUCAUGUGGAUAGGUGGGUUCAGACCCUCGGAGCUCCUCAAGGUUCUGUUACCACAUUUUGAUCCUUUGAUGGAUCAACAAGUAUUGGAUGUGUGCAAUCUGAGGCAAUCAUGUCAACAAGCUGAAGAUGCUGUAUCUCAAGGCAUGGAGAAGCUGCAGCAUACAUUAGCAGAUAGUGUAGCAGCGGGGAAUCUCGGUGAAGGAAGUUACAUUCCUCAAAUAACUUGUGCUAUGGAGAGAUUGGAAGCUUUGGUCAGUUUUGUGAAUCAGGCUGAUCAUCUUAGACAUGAGACAUUGCAACAGAUGCAUCGGAUCUUAACCACUAGACAAGCGGCUAGGGGUUUGUUAGCAUUAGGUGAGUAUUUCCAACGGUUAAGAGCUUUAAGCUCGAGUUGGGCGACUCGGCAACGUGAACCAACGUAAUAAAGGAGACAAGAUUUCAAGAAAGGUUUGAGAGACUAUUAAGAAUCAAGAAUGGUGUUUGCUCGUGAGUGGAUUUUGGACAAGAACAUAAGCUGCUUAUAUGAUGAUGAUGAUCGUCUUUGUGGCUAAAGAAACUGUUUGAAGAAAGUUGUAAAUAUAAUCAGCAACGUAAAUGUUUAUAGCUUAUGUGUGCUUUGCGUGUAUAUAUGAUUCCAGUGUGAUGAUUUCUAAAAAUUACGGGAUCAUAGAAUAAAAAGUUAAUUAAAUUAAA